AUGGGCUCAAUCGCAUCUGUGCUGCAAUGGCAUUGUCAAGCGUGUGGUCAGAUCAACCCAACAGAGAGUGUAAAAUGUUUAAAAUGUGGCACGAAACGGGUUUCGAGUCAUGACAGAAAUUUACAAAAACAAUAUUACACGGGAGAUUCGUCGUCGGAAUACGCUUCUCGAACUGAAAAAAGUGGUGGUACAACCCCAGGGUCAGAGGGCAUUGUUAUACCAACAACAAAUAACUUCAAUCGCCGAUGGUCGAGUGUGGGAUCAGCGCCUGGUGCAAGCCGCGCUUGGCGCUGUGCAUGCGGCCUGCGCAACGUAUCCGCAUCCUGGCGGUGUGCAGCUUGCGACGUGCUCGCUUUACACGCUCCUGUUUACAGACUGUCUGAUGAUGAAGAACAAACUUCAGGGAUGACGGACAAAGACAAGUCUGAUAAAGACAGUAUGAUAAGGUCCAACACUCUGGCUGUCCCCUCAUAUAAGCCUUCGUCAAGUUACUCCGACGGACGCCGUUUGAAUCUCGACUUGCAGUCUUUACGCCUUUCUCCCACUCAACUAACAGACCAAGCACACGGCGUCACUCGAUCCCUUUCUCACGGAUCUGUCAUCAAUUCCCAGCACAAAUGGUGGAAUAUUGAUGAAAGUAGAAGUACUAUAAGUAGGCCAACAAGUUUAAUGGUUUCUGAACGAUACGGAUACCAGGCUUCAACUUACAAUCCUAGAGAGUCUUUCUUAAGAAGUCUCCACACCGUCACGAGAAGACCAAAGAAAUGUAACGAGAGCAAAUCUAAUUGGGAAUUGAAUUAUGUUAAAGAGUAUCAAAGGGAGCAAAGCAGGGCACUUCACUUGAAGAAAUGGGCCUGCAGUAAGUGUACCCUGGAAAAUUCCGGAAUAAGAACGCAUUGCGAAGCCUGUUUAUCUCCGAGGAUAUCGCCCUUGGCCAGGAUCCCCAACACUAGAGGGCUCAGCGUAACUACCUUGGGCAGGCACGAGACGUUUAAUAGAGAUGGCGCUACGUCGCUACCUACUUCCGGUGGGGUUAUGAUCACAGUACCCGAUUGGCCGCAGACGGAAACUCUGAGAGAGUCGAUAAAAAGGUCUGUCAGUGCUCAGAAUUCACCAGAAAUUCGCCCGACAUACAGACGGUCGUUUUCCGAGCAAAACAGUGAUAAUCGGCCAAUAGGCAAGGUCAUCUCUAGCAGACGGAGUCUCAACGAUUAUCAGAAAUCGCUUGAAAGUUACUGCGGCUCAUUGAAGGACGAGCGAAGAGACAGUUUAGCGGAGAAGAAAAUAGACGAGUCAAAUCUAGAAUUGAUUGACAAAGAAUGCAGUUGGGAUACGAAUGCAGAGGGUGUUAUUUACGCUCUGCCUAAUAAGGGGAAAUACAAGGACUUGAACCUGCAGUUGCAGGUGAAUAAUAACGGCACAAGAUACUCGUACGUCUCAGUACAGGACACAAAGACAGUGAUGUCGAAUUCUCAAAACGAGGUUUUGUAUUCUAACGAUAUAGGUGACGGGGAUUAUGCCCGCAUAGACGAGUUGUUAGGAGCUGAGAACUGUCUAUCACCCGUCGGUGAAAGUAACUUGAGGACUUCACAUAUCGGUGCGAAGGAAAAAGUGUUCAAUAUGUUGCCGUCUAUGGGCAAAGUGUCUCAUAAUCCGCGGGAGCCGUCAAAAGUGCCUUCUACACAAACUUCACGCGACGUCAGUGGGCGUAUGUGGCAAUGCAGUGAGUGCUGGUUCGCGUACAACGCGUGGGGCUCGCGCUGUGAGGUGUGCCGAAGCGCUAGGCCUCCGCACGCUACCACGCUCGCACAGACUCCACAUCAAAUAACAAAUAGAAAUUCAUCGGAAGCUUGCGGACCGAAGCUGGAAUUGAACCGGCCAGAUCAACCUAAGAAGCUGACAGUGCCCAUUGCUUCUAUGGAACAUGACUUGAAUAGUGAUGAGUUGCUUUUUGCUGUUGACACAUCAAGCCCAGCAGAAGCCACCUGGUCAUGUUCGCGUUGUACUCUUGUAAAUGAAGCGGGCGCAAGCGCCUGCGCAGCCUGUGCGGGCUCCAGGCCAGCGACACAUAAUUAUUGGUCUUGCAGUUCUUGCACUCUUCGCAACCCGAUGUCGGCAAGUCUAUGUCUUGCCUGUAAGACGCCACCAGUACCGAAGCAUGCCGUGCCUACUGAUAACCAUGUCGUUGCUGCCGGUCGUAGCCCAUCCCCGCGUCGUGGGCCGCGCCAUACACCGGCUCUGCCCAGACGUGGCUCCAGACAUAAAACACCACCACCAGAAACCAAAACAGAGACAACAGAGUGGGCGUGUUCUGAAUGUACGUUUAUGAAUAACAUGGCUGCCAUGUCAUGCGAGAUGUGCCAGUCCCCGAAGACCAGACUUCUGCCUGCUGCUCCAGAUCAGCCAAGUUUAGACGAUGACGAUUCACAAGGUUCGGACGGAGAGAGACAAGAGAGCACCCCAAUGGAGAUACUCCGACUCAGAGAGGAGAGCCACGCUUGGACGCAGUGGCAGGAGGUGCUGGCGCAGUGUGCUGCGACUGGCGAGAUGUAUGUUGAUGAAUCGUUCCCUGCAUCCGGCCGGUCUCUGUACUACGGCGGAGCCGGUGAGAGCGGGGCUGCCGCUCGUUGGCUUCGUCCUCACCAGAUUCACGUUGAUGCGGAUCAUCGUCUACCUUGGGCUGUCUUUCGCGACCCCAGGCCCUCGGACAUCUCCCAGGGUGUGUUGGGUAACUGCUGGCUGCUUUCCGCCCUGGCCGUACUUGCUGAACGGUCAGCGCUGGUUCGCAGUGUGGUGGUCCGCGCUGAACCUGAACGUGGCGCUUAUCAGCUGCGGCUGUGCAAAGAUGGCCGAUGGCUGACCAUUACUUUGGAUGAUCAACUGCCGUGCAAUAAAAAGGGACAUCUUGUCUAUUCACAGGCCAAAAGAAAGCAGUUGUGGGUGCCGCUGAUCGAGAAAGCUGUGGCUAAGCUCCAUGGGUGUUAUGAAGCUCUGGUCUCCGGGCGAGCUAUUGAAGGUCUCUGUACGUUGACGGGAGCACCAUGCGAGUCGGUGUCACUCCAGGCUGGAGGAGCCGGUGGUGGCGCAGGGGGCGGAGCACCUCUUGAACAGUUGGACAGAGACCUUGUCUGGGCUCAACUUUUAUCUUCGAGGCAGGCGUGCUUCUUGAUGGGUGCUAGUUGCGGUGGGGGCAAUAUGAAGGUGGAUGAAGAAGAGUACCAGCGCUUGGGCCUCCGUCCUCGUCAUGCUUACUCCGUCCUCGACGUGGUUGAACUGGCGGACAGCAACCCACCAGUUCGGCUGUUGCGUCUGCGUAACCCAUGGGGCCACUACACGUGGCGUGGACCUUGGGCCCACGGUUGCCCACGAUGGACGGAGCACGUUCGUAGACAACUUCCGGUCUGCACCGCUGAUAGGGACCAGGGCGUGUUUUGGAUCAGCUUUGAGGAUGUGCUUAAAUACUUCGACUGCAUAGACAUUUGCAAGGUGCGAGCGGGAUGGCACGAGGUCCGUCUCGCUGGUAUCCUGCCCCCGAUGUCGUCAACGCGACACCUUACCUGCCUCUUACUCACUGCCACUCAGCCGACGGAAGUCGACUUUACUUUAUUCCAAGAAGGACAAAGAAAUUCUGCUAAAAGUCAACGCUCUCAAUUAGAUUUGUGUGUUGUCGUGUUCCGAACGAAAUCCGGUCCAAGCGCACAAGUCGGCAAACUUGUUGCGCACAGCAAGCGACAGGUCCGCGGUUUCGUAGGCUGUCACAAGAUGCUGGAGAAGGGAUUCUAUUUGGUGGUCUGCCUCGCUUUCAACCAUUGGCAUACGGGAUUAGAACUGGCUGACAGCUCACUCUGGCCACGUCAUGUACUCGCUGCUCAUUCCUCGAAGCCAUUAGCUGUGGAGCGACCUUCUCUUCACCCCCACAUACUAGCGGAUGCCAUUAUUGGUCUCACACUGGCCCGUGGGCAGAGACACGAAGGGCGUCAAGGAAUGACAGCUUAUUAUUUAACUAAGGGUUGGGCCGGCCUAGUAGUGAUGGUGGAGAACAGACACACGGACAAGUGGAUCCACGUCAAGUGUGACUGUCAGGAGAGCUACAAUGUCGUCUCCACUCGUGGAGAGCUUAAGACCAUUGAUUCUGUCCCACCGCUGCAUAGACAAGUUAUAAUAGUACUGACCCAACUAGAAGGCAGUGGGGGGUUCUCAAUAGCUCAUCGUCUGACCCAUCGGCUGGCUGCUGGUGGGCGGCUACAGGAUUGGGCACCCAGGGCGGAUGACGAACCGGCUAACCAUCCCCACCAUCGUCCGCCCAUCGCGAGGAGGCUUUUGGGUUUGCACGCACCGAGAUUGAUUACGUAG